UUCUCCUCCCACGCACCCCUCCACGCGCGAAACAGGAUCUACCCGGUCCGGAUCCGCAACGAAUCCGAACUCCACACUCUCAUUCUCAGCAGCGCCAGCAGCCGCAUUCCCCUCCUAACCCUCUGGAUGACCACCUGGGACGCCCACAGCGACACCAUCUCGUCACUGAUCAAAACUCUGCUCGAAACUGAAGGAGUCGGCGAAGACCAAGGUAGUGUCAGUUAUGUGGAAGUGGAAAUGGAUAGUCCGGAUUUAGGAGGGGUGUCUGCGGGAAUUGCGCAGAGGUAUUUGAUUACUGCGAUUCCCACUUUGUUGGCUUUUGAUCGUCAGGAGCCUCAGGUCGAGACUAAGGUGAGUCGGGUGGAGGAUUUGAAGAGUGAGGAGUUUUUGAGGUCGUGGAUUGAGAGGGAGGCGGCGAGGCAUGGGAAGGGGGGCGCUGGAGGG